AUGUUUGGGCCAAACAUCAACAUCAUAGAAGAUCCAACGUCAGAAAGAAAACGGAGCGUCUAUUUGGAAGGCACACUGCCUUAUUACCAGAAUCCGGAGCAAAAUCCUGUCACUAAAGUAGCUCCUUUUCAACCACAAGGUCCAGGACCUGGACACCAUCUACCCAUAAAAGCUUUUCAAAGCAAAAGCGGCAGUAGUAGCGUAGUUUUUGACAGCUUAAGGCCUCUUUUGCUGUUUAUGAAGAUUGCGGGUAUAUCUCCAAUCGCUCAAUUAGAUAUGGUGUUUCAGGUUCCAAUAUUUUUAAGUCCUAUAACCUGGAGUGAAGCCAAAAAAUUGUCCAGGGUUUUGACGAACUUUGUCGUGUUUGAAAACAUGUAUAACAAAAUCACUAAGAAGAAGUUCCAGCAUUUUCUCGGCAACAAACCUAUUGUUGUGACUAUCGGAUUGCCAAUUUUGGCUUGUUCUACUAUGGUUGUGACGCAUGUGACCAUGGUUCACUUUAAACUGCUACAGAUUCAGGAAGGCCUGGGGGUCAAAGAUAUUGGAUUAGCGAUUACAGCUUUCUUUGCUGCCAUGAUGCUGUUGUUGAUCAGUGAUGAAGCCCAUUAUGCAUCCAAUUGUGUGAAAGUGCAAUUCCAGAAGAAGUUGCUGCUCGUAGAGUUGAACUGGAUGAAUGAUGAUGCACAACAAGAGAUAAAUAUGUUUCUAAGAGCAACAGAAAUGAAUCCUACAGACAUGAGUUUGGGAGGUUUUUUUGACGUCAACAGAAAUUUGUUUAAAUCGUUAAUAGCCACUAUGGUUACGUACCUGGUGGUGCUACUGCAAUUCCAGAUAAGCAUCCCCGAGGACGGAGGACCUGUGAAUGCUACAAUGAUGAAUAGAGCACUACCACAACAACCACAUUAG